AUGUAUAUAGAUGAUAUUAUUAUUAGAGCAAUAGAAGAAAUAUCGUUGAGUGGUGAACAAGGUUUAUCACCAAAACAACUAUGGUCACUAUUGGAAAAGUCAAAUAUAAUAAACAACAACAAUAACAAUAGCAAUAGCAACAAUGACAACAAUAAUAGUGACAAUAAUAAUAAUAAUGACAAUAAUGUAAAUAAUAAAUUAACUUUAAAUAGAUUUAUAAAAUCAUAUAUACAUAAAGCUUUAUUACAAAACACAUCUAUCAACAUAAUACAAUCUGUAAAAGAUGGUGAUGACAAUAAAGAUAAAGCUAAAGAUAAAGCUAAAGAUAAAGGAAAGAGUAAAUCAAAAGAUAAAGAAAAAGAGAAAGAGAAAGAGAAGGAUAAAGAAAAGGAAACAGAGAAAGAAAAUGAGGAGGAGGAAGCCGAGGAGGAAGCCGAAAAAAGAGAAGAAUCAAUGUCAAUUGUUCUUGUACCAAAAGAAGAGGAUAACGAAGAUAAUCAACUUGCUGUAAAAGGUGAGGAUGAAGAUGAAGGUGAAGUUGAUCCAGAGACUGUUUUGAUACCUAGAGUAAACCCAUUGUUGGCACCAUCCAAGUUGACAUCGAAUGCAUGGCUAAAGAAGCUUAAGAAAGACCAGGAAACUGCGGUCUCUGCGGAAUACAUUGCAAAGAGAGAGAGUCAAGAUCUGGAAUUGGUCGAAGACCAAAUUAUCUAUUGUGCCAACAAUGAUCUUCGUUCAAAGGCAUACGGUGUCGAUACCAAUGGAAUAACACUGAACGUCCUACAAUCAAAGAUCAUAUCGAUGAUUGCACUCACCAGAUACCAAGGUUGUCUACAAAUGGAUCUCUCCGAUACUUUGAGAAUCGAUGCAAGAAACAUCUUUCAUCCUAUUCAACAUCUAAUGGUUAAAGGUUUAAUUAAAAAGACAGCUGUUUAUAGACAAUCUUCACCAGGUCAACCUGCUACAACAACAAAGAAACUAUAUUUAACUAAAUUCUUUGACAAAAGAGAACCACCCGAUGCACCUUGGUUACCAAUGGGUUAUAUUCAAUUCAAGAUUUGUGAAGCACUCGCCAAUAGUCCAAACAAAGAAAUGUAUAUAAUCGAAUUAAUAAGUUUACUUACAAGGAAUAAGAUAUCUACACCUACUACAAUCAAGAAGAAUAAGAUGAUUUUACAGAAUGAAGGUUAUAUUGAAUGUAGAGAAGGUUAUUUGAACAAAAAGAUAACAACAACAACAACAUCAUCAUCUGUUAAACAAGAGGAGGAGGAGGAUGAAGAUGACGAUGAUGAAGAUGAUGAACCAACUACUAGUAGUAAAGGAAAAUCAGCAUCUAAAUCAAAGAAGAAGAAGACCUCCAACCGAAAGAAGAUGCAGAUUGUCAGAUUGGUUAAACCAUUCAAUUGGGAGAAUGCCAAUAAGAGUGAGGAAAUAGAUCAACCAAACGAUGAAGAGAAUGAAGGUGAAGAAGCUGAUAAUAUUAAUAAUAGUAAUAAUAGUAAUAAUGGAGUUGGUUUUAGUUACCUAAAUAAUCCUUUGGUUGAUGAAAAGACAGUGUUAUCUCAGAUGUAUGAGAUGAUUGCAUCCAGUGGUGAAGAAGGUAUGACCAUACCAGAAUUGACUUCACAUAUCAAGGUGUACUCGAACAAACAUAUCACUGCAGGUGUAAGAGAGUUAAUCGGUUUCUAUCGAUUGAAGAUCAUUCCUAUCGUACAGGGUAGACAGAUGGUAUACAAAUUGAAAGCAGAUCCAGCACACAUUGGGCAAAACAUCGAACUAUUAGAAUAUCCUGUUAGUAAGGAUGUUACAGAAGCAGUAGAAUCACCUAGAGAUAUUGAUAUGGAUGAUAAUGGUGGUGGAAAUAAUAACGAUGAUGAUGAUAAUGUAGAUAAAGUAGAAGAUGAUGAAAAUAACAACAACAAGAAUUGUAAAAAUAAGAAUAAGAAGAAUAAUAAGAAUAUCAAAGAUAGUAGUACUAAAGAAACAAAGAAUAAGAAGAUGGAAAUACAAGUAUCAACACCAUCUCCUGUUGUACAAGAGUUUUCAAUGCCACUCAUUGUUAAACAUAAAGUUAAACCUAAAUCAACAUUAUAUCUCCAAAGAGAGAAAGUUGUGAUGGAAAAGAUAAAUGAGGUUACUGGUUUAUUAUUUACAACAUUAUUAGAUUAUAUGACUAAAGAUCAAAAAGACAAUGUUGAUACAAAGAUUUUAAUGCAUAUCGUAAAUGAAUUAGAGGUAGAAGGAAAAGUAAAGACAUUCAAAAUAUAUAUUCCAUUGUUGACUGGUGUUAUUAAUAAGAAUGCAACGUUUAUAUUCGAUGCAAAGUACGAAGCAACCGAUAAUAUUAUCAAGGAUAUCAUUCGUAACAUCAGAGACAGUCACUCCUCUAUGACAAUGAGUCUAAACUCAAAGGAAGGUAAAGAGAUAUUAGACAUGCAAAAGCCGUCAAUACAUUUCAACAAGAAGAUCGGUUUGAAGUAUGGUAUGAUACCAGCACUCUACCUUCGUAUUAAAUUUCUUCACCGACUCAUAUUGGAAUACGUCAUCAGUGAGAAACAAAAGCAAACACAAUCUAAAGAUAAUAUAGAUGUAAAGAUGGAAGAUAUUGUAAAUAAUCAAGAUAAUAAUAAUAAUAAUAAUGAAGAUGAUAACAACAAUAACAAUAACAAUAACAAUAACAAUAACAAUAACAAUAACAAUAACAAUAAGAAUAUCAAUGAUAAAGAUAAACAAUUGGUUGAAGUAGAGAUGGUAGAAAUACCAGAACAAUUUACAUUAUAUCUCAAUUCUUUCUUGAAAAGGAUGAAAGUAGAUGAUUAUUUAAAGAUUAUACCUCAAUAUCAUGAGAUUGAGAAUCUUGAGGAGUAUGUAAUGGCAGGUACCCCCAUUAUAGAUAUUCCAAAGGAGAUACGUGCCAAUCUCUUUGGAAAGAGUUAUGUAGCUCGAUUGAAUACCUUGGCAAAGAUUAUGAAGACAUUAGGUUUACUUAAUAUCAAAUAUGAAUCUAAUUUAAUUCAAUAUAUAUAUUUGAGAGAUGUAACAUUGGAUGAAAAGACCUAUUCAAUAACAGAUAGCGAUAGUUUAAAUGAAUAUUGGAAAGAUCUACAGUGUAUUGGUCUUUCUGAUAAGAUUCAUCCCGAGUUGAGCGAGAAGUUGCCAUCGAUUCAGAACACUGCAUUCUGGGGUGUAGCUACAGGUGUUUCCAGAGAAACAAGAUCACAUGUCUACAGUGUAUUCAGAAGAGAUCCUCCAAUGACAAAAACUGAAUUGAUUGAAAUCUCAGUGUCACAGAAUCUAAGACUUGCCAAGGUCGAAUCAUUGAUACUUCGAAGAUUGGAAGCAAAGCAAAAGGUGACCAAUAUUCUUGCGAAAGACAAGAAGAAGAAGGAUCAAGAGAUGGUCAAAGCAACUCCGUAUCGUGCACAACGUUGGUCACAUGACGAAGAUAUCAAGCUGUUGAAUACUACUCUGAAUGUAUUCUCAAAGUACCUCGAGGAACUGCCUUCAUACAAUCAAAAGUUAGUUACUCCUUCUGGUGUGCCAACCUCGAACAAUAAACUCUGGGAAAAGGUAGCUCAAAUCGUUGAGAAACCAUCGUUACUCUGUCAUCGUAGAGUAACCAGAUUAAUCAAACUAUACUCUUCAUUUAGAAUACAACUACAAUCUCAUUUACAAUAUAAAUUAAAUAGAUUAAAUCAAUUUGAUUUACCAGCAACAAUUGAUAUUGUAACUAAUCUAUUCGAACCAGUGUUAUCAACCAAAGAUAGCUUUUAUUUCUCUAGAUUUGAUAAAACUGAAGAUAUCAUUUUAAGAGAAAAGAUAUUGUAUCAAAUCUAUAUUCCAGAAGAUGUAUUUAAUCUUGAAUAUGGUAAACAACUUAUUCCUGAAGAUGGAAAGAUUAAUUGCUUUAGAGUUGUAGAUCAAAUGACAAAGGAUAAAGUAAUUAAAUUCUUGGCAAAGAAUUUCAAAUCAAGAAGAUUCGGAUUAGCUAGAAAUCUAUUAAUAAGUAAGAAUGGUUGUAUUGAUGGUACUUUAUUCUUUAAUGAGAGUCAACAGUUGCUGACUGUAGCCAAGCGUAUACCGGUUGAUCGGUUCGACGAUAGUGAUCUAUUCCAUUUCGAACCACUGACCUCUGGUGGUACUGUUGCUCAGGCUAUCAAUUUGAUGCAUCAAGACAAAUUCAAACCAAUGAUUGGCAUGAAGUGUGAUUUGGAGUUGGAAACAUCGGAACCAAAGGACAAAAAGAAAUCAAAGCCCACCGUAAGGCUACCCAAGAUAGCAUCGAAUAUUGAUCCAAUCGUUACCAAAUAUAUCGGUGUUUCAUUUGAUGUUCCAAAGGUUAUCGAUCACUCCUACUUGAAGAGAUUGUAUUCAGAGGAUUAUGAUAUUGAAGAUGAACAAGUCGAUACUGACUCGGAUCCAGUCUAUAGAAAGUUGAAGAAACAGUUUAUUGAAGAAGAAGAAGAUAAUGACUAUGAUCAAUCUGAAGAAUCUCCUACAACUUCAACGACCACUACAACAAAUACAACAUCAUCAUCAAUAAUAGCUAUUGAUGAAUCAGUUAAUCAAGUACAAUCUAGUCUUUCAACUGAUUGGAUCAAGGAGGAAUACUAUAAGAAUGUAUAUAACCAAGAUCAAGAGCAUAUCAUUGACAAGCUUGCAUUCAACGAUCUGGAGGAAGCAGACGAGGAAGUGCUUGACCGUGUGUAUAGAGAGGCUCCAAAUAUCCUCAAGAAUCUGAUCCAACUCAAGAGAAUACAAGUCCUGUAUGGUUUCUAUGAGAAGAUCUUUGUUGCCACUCAAUUCAUUGGAAACAUGAUGUUACCAUUGGGAAACAACGACAUACCAUUGGAACACAAGAUAAUGUUACGACCAUGGGUCAGUAUCGAUGGACAAAUCGACAUCAAAGUAUUUAAUCAAAUCAUUUUUGAGAUUAUCGUUUUAAUAAUGGAAGGUCCAGGUAUUACAUUGGAAUCAUUAUCAUAUGAAUUAAGAUAUUAUAACCCAUCAUUUAUAAAAGAGGUAACCGAUUUAUUACAUCGAAUGGAAUUCAUAAAAGCUCAACACUAUGAAUAUACACCACCAACUCUUUUUACAGAAUCAAGAUAUGAAAUAUUCCCAGCGUCUUAUACAGAUUCACUACUCUUUUCGAAACCCUCAGAUUAUGAUCCAAAGGAAACAAUCAAACAAUUGUUUUAUCCAAUGGAGAAUAUUAUCAAUUUACCAACUGAAUUUUCAACUUUUUUACAUUUAUUGGACACUUAA